AUGAUCCACUCCCAGCCUCUGCCAACACAGAUCAGGGGCAAGCAUGUGCACAGCCUGUACAAGAAAGUCUCCAGAUUCAAACUUGGGACUUCCCCACAUGGAUCCAGCAUCGCAGAGCAUUAUGAUACUGCUGCUCCACCAGUUGGCUCCAUAAAUAUUUUGACGUUCGGAAAAAUUCACCUUCAACAAAGUCUGCCUGAAGUUGGGACACAACUGAGCAAACAAGUUGAGUUUGGUGCUUUGAAGGCUAUGAAAGUUGCUAGUGAUCUCUAUUCUCUGUCAGAAGUCACUGAAAAUAAUGAAGGUCUUGCACAAAAUUCAGAACUUGUCAACAAAUCUUAUUCUGAAGAGGGUUGGCUGAUCAAGAUGACACUGAGUAACCCUUCAGAACUAGAUGAACGAUGA